UAUACAUGGACUGGUACAAGCAGAACAGAGUACAUCUGAAUUAGGUGGAGUGUAGUUACAAUACAGUGGAGGUUAUACAAUUAUGUCUGAGGAUAUCUAUGCCAUGCCAGACCUCACCAAGAAAGUUAGAUUUCAGACAAGGGAGAAUGAGGGCAGAAAUGCAGACAAAACGGAUAAUGUGAACAUUUAUGACAACUACUGGGCAGAGGGGAGUACGCCACCGAAAUUACAGGACACCACUGAAGAACAACAGCAAAUCAAUGCACCUUCAGGAAAGAGGGAUCUCGUCAGACCUGCUGCAGUGUUUCUGGUGCUGCUGUGUCUUCUCCUCCUGGCUGUAGUCAUUGCUGUGGUGGUCCUAUGGGUUCAAGACAAAAGCCUCAAUGACAGCCUGACCAUCGAGAGAGACGAACUACUGACAAAUUACAGUGAAAUGACAAGCCUCAAUGUCAACCUGACCAUUGAGAGAGACGAACUACGGACAAAUUACAGUGAAAUGACAAGCCUCAAUAUCAACCUGAUCCAAAAGACACACCAGCUACAGGAAGACAUUUUUGAAGUCACCAAAGACAGAGACAAAUUAAAAAAGCAGCUUGAGACAUCAUCCUGUCCUGCCAAGUGGAUGAAGUUUGGCAACACUUGUUAUUCAUUUGUCACCUCAAGGAAAAACUGGUCUGACAGCAAACAGUUCUGUGAAAGUCGUGGUGGACAGCUGCCGAUCAUAUCUAGCGAAGAGGAACAGAUAUUUCUAAGCUCAUUUCCCAACAGCAUCUGGCUUGGUAUCACAGACGAGGAGCAGGAAGGUGUCUGGAAAUUGGUUGAUGGAACGAAUGCCACCACAUUCUACUGGAGAAGAGGACAGCCGGAUAAUGCAGGACAAAAGGAAAACUGUGCUCAAAUUAGUAAAUGGUUUAAUGGAUUAAAUAACUGGAAUGAUUUACCUUGCAGUAUCAAAUUAUUCUUCAUCUGUGAGAAAAUACUUAAAUGAAAUUAAAUUAUGAUGCUACACUCUUGAA